AUGAGCCGGUGGAAAAGCAAAGGGCGAGCGAGUGACGCAGACGAGGACGCCGAGAUGUCUGGUGAAGAGGAAGCGAGGCAGAACGGGACGAAUGGGCGCGUGAGGAUGGCUGCGACGGCUUUCAUGCCGCUAGCCAACUUCCGUAUCGAGCCCUCGGAAACCUUCCCCCGCCCAGAUACGCCAAUGCGCCAACUGCAACCUCCUCCGAUGCCUCUCGCUUCUUCGUCUUCCGGUUCUGCAACGCGUCAGCCGCCGAGUAAGAGGGCGAGGAGGGUGCUUGCGACGGAGGAAGAAAUGAAGGAGUGGGAGAGCGAGAAAGGACGGACGAAGAAUGGAGUCGCGGAUCGGGAGACUGAGAUGGAAGAGGGAGCGGAAACGAGCGUCGAGGGGACGAAGCAGAAGGCGCGACCGACGGGGAAGACCGCUCGCCUCCCUCCCGACCCUCACCCUCCUCCCGCUCGCCCCAUCGCCGCGACGCCGAAAACGUUCCGCCCCCUAACCGCCUUCGGUCUCUCCCCUUCCCUCACCACUUCCACCUCCAAACCCACCGCCUUAUCUUCGUCCAGAACGGCCGCUCGUCCAGCGCCCGUCUCAGCUCUCGGACGAGUCCCUCUCCCUCUCCCUCCUCCAGGUCGGCCGAAGACUCCAACCACGCCGCGAGAGGCGGAGUCGAAGCCCGCAAAACCGCUAGCGAACCUGUCUUCGCUCCUACCCGCUCGCUCACCCUCGACUCCGAAGGACAAGGGAGAGGAGCGGAAGCCGAUCCUCGCGCUUGCGCCGCCUGCUUCGAUACUCGCUUCCAGAGCCACCGGGGACGAUGCGGAAGUGGAGGAAGGCGAGGAUGAGUGGAGUCCGAGGAAGAAGGGAAGGGGGAAGGGAUACAUCCACUCCGGUAUCGCCGCACGUACCGCAACACUCCUCUCCUCAUCACGCACAACCCAUACCCUCUGGCUCCACUCGCUCUCUCGCCUCCUCUCCAACCACCCCUCGACGAGGGAAGAGCUGUUGGAACGGAUGAGGCCGGAUGUGAGGUUGAGGGUUGGAGAGAUGUUGGAUCCUUUCUCUUCCGUCGCUGGUGCUGCUUUGGGAGGAGGAGGGGCAGGGGGAGGGAGGAAGACGCUCCUUACGCGGUGCAGGCUGAUCCUCCCCUCCGAGUCUACCACCUCUCUCGCCGACGAAGGACCCAGGAGGAGGGACCUCGAAGGACUCGUCUUCUUCUCCCUCCACUUCUCCACCUCCUCAUCCUCAUCCACCACCACUAUCUCCACCUCUUCCGCGAAGCAAGAAGCCGGCCAAAAAGCCACCCUCGUCGUCCCGCAAAACCCUCACGAUCUCGCGCGCUUCGUUAGCGUGGGGAGGGAAGUGUGGGUUUGGGAACCUUGGGGUGAGGUGGGGGUUGCUCAAGACCUGAGUGAGUUUGGGAUUGGAAGGGCGGGGAGGGGAGCGGAGAAGCGCGAUGAGGAGGGUGAGGGAGGGGUGAGGGUCGAAUGGGCCCCUCCGGGUGGGCGAAGGGGAGAGGAAAGGCAGGGGGAGAAGGAAAUGGCGAGGAAGGGGUUGGUUUGCUCGAGGUUCGCGGUGGUUGUCCCGUAG